UGUAAUCUCGCGUUGUUUUGUCCGGCGAGGUUUCUGUCUGACAAGGUUCAUGAAGCCGGCUCUGUUUCUCGGCUCAGUCGACAAGUUAACGGCACUUACAUAUCGGAAGAAACAGUUACACAGGGUUUUGUUUUUAUGACAGAAAGCUUAUCUGUCGUGAUGUUCGCUAAAACUGUAGCGCUCGUUGCUGUGAAGUCACUGAGUAGACCGGCAGACCAGGACCCGCAUCUUGUCGCGUCUCGUUUCGCCGGUAUCUAGCUUAACGUUACAGUUAAAACGCUAGCUACCGGAGCUACUUCUGUAAUUAGAGAAGAGAGUAGAAUUAGAGUAGAUUAUAGAGAAGAACAACUUUCAUCUCAGGUCAACCACGCGCUCGUGUUGUAGAGUCCGGUUUGUAAACUAACCGGCUUUUAGUCUCCUUUCCUUUCAUUGCCGGCAGAAAUGGAGGGACAUGUGACGUGGUAGUCCGGGCUGAGGUAGACCGUCUGUCUGCUACCACAGAGACUUGGAUAGUACCGGACCCUCAUGAUGCACCAGCAUGGUUCCUUGAUGCCCCCUUUGCUUGGUGACGUGUUCUGCCAGUGUAAAUCGGGGGAUCCCCACCGUGGAGUGGACCCGGGCGGUGGACCACCAUCAGCCCCCCGACAGCCCGUGGACUCGGACCCUGCUCCUUCAGUGCACCCCUGUGACAUCUGUGGAGGACCUGAGCAGGAGCACAGACUCAAAGUGUUGUUCCAAGUCCUGGAUGUGAACGGUGAUGGGGGCAUCUGUGUCAACGAUCUGACAAUCGGGCUGAAGAAAUUAGGAGUCCAUCGCACUGAACAUGAGCUAAUGAAAAUAGUGAAAGCCGGAGACAAAGACCUGGACGGACAGUUGGACUUUGAGGAGUUUGUUCAUUAUCUCCGAGACCACGAGAAGAAACUCCGACUAGUCUUCAAGAGUUUGGACAAGAAGAAUGAUGGGCGGAUCGACUCACAGGAAAUCAUGCAGUCACUGCGUGACCUGGGAGUGAACAUUUCUGAGGAACAGGCUGAGAAGAUUCUCAAAAGAAUAAGGAGGGGUCAUAUCUGGGCCCCUAUCUUGUAUAUGGACAAAAAUGGCACAAUGACCAUUGACUGGAAUGAGUGGCGGGAUUACCACCUCCUGCAUCCAGCAGACAACAUUCCUGAGAUCAUCCUCUACUGGAAACAUUCCACGAUCUUUGAUGUUGGGGAGAGUUUGUUGGUUCCUGAUGAGUUCACAGCCGAAGAGAAGAAAACAGGAAUGUGGUGGCGACACCUAGUGGCUGGAGGAGGAGCUGGUGCUGUGUCUCGGACCUGUACGGCACCACUGGACAGGCUCAAAGUACUCAUGCAGGUUCACGCCUCUAAGAGCAACAGCAUGCAUAUCACUGGAGGCUUCCUUCAGAUGAUUCGGGAGGGUGGUGUGAGGUCACUGUGGCGAGGAAACGGUAUCAAUGUCAUCAAAAUUGCCCCAGAGUCUGCUAUUAAGUUUAUGGCCUACGAACAGAUUAAACGAUUGAUUGGAAUUAACCAGGAGACGUUGGGCAUCUCAGAGAGACUGGUGGCAGGCUCUCUGGCUGGAGCCAUCUCUCAGAGCAGCAUCUACCCCAUGGAGGUCCUGAAGACACGGUUGGCCCUGAGGAAGACGGGCCAGUACUCGGGCAUCUUGGAUUGCGCCAAACAUAUGUUAAAGAAGGAGGGCACGGCUGCUUUCUACAAGGGCUACGUCCCCAACAUGCUGGGCAUCAUCCCCUACGCUGGCAUUGACCUGGCUGUCUAUGAGACACUGAAAAACUCCUGGCUGCAGCGCUAUGCCACAGACAGUGCUGAUCCGGGAGUGUUUGUUCUCCUGGCUUGUGGCACCACUUCCAGCACAUGUGGCCAGCUGGCCAGCUACCCACUGGCCCUGGUCAGGACUCGUAUGCAGGCACAAGCAACCCUGGAAGGCGGCCCUCAGAUGAGCAUGACGGCCCUGUUCAAACACAUCAUAAGGACAGAGGGGCCGUUGGGACUCUAUCGAGGCCUGGCACCCAACUUCAUGAAGGUCAUUCCAUCUGUCAGCAUCAGCUACGUGGUCUACGAGAACCUCAAGAUCACACUGGGGGUCCAGUCAAGGUGAUGAGUGAGGCAGAGAGGAGAUCAAGAGGCAAGAUGUUUUGGCUUUUCUUUGAGUUGAAGAAUGAGUAUGUUGGGCUCUAUGAAAUACACAGCUAACAUUCAACAUAUUGAGAUUUUAAAAAAUCUGGAAUUCCAUGGCUUUAAGGAUUAACGCAAGACGCUGUGAAUGAAGAGGAAUGAGAACUUGCAGAGGGGCUGAUGAAGACUUUGAAGAUGAAGGGAAGCUUGACUGGAGCCAUUUCUGUCAGUAACUUUGAUUUCAAAUAUGUCUUUAACAAUCGAGGAGUGCUUCAACAACUGAUCAUCUUGGAUUAGGAAGACAAACGUUUACAGUGAUGUCAGGGGCAGUCCUGCUGGUCCGUGUUAAGGGAAAUCUUUGUCUUGAAGGGCUUUGCUAAGACAUAUCAAGAACUCUCUGGACUUAUUUUAUCAUCUCGAUUUAGCAUCAUGUUGGCUUCUCAGCUCUGUCUCGUGCUCUCUCGCCACCCAAACAAAGCCACAAGUUUCUGCUUAAUGAGAAAAAAACAGUGGCUGAACUAGGCACCUUCAAGUCAUUCAUGCAUACUAAUAAUUUAAUCAAUCAUGAUUUUGUUUUGUUGAGUUUUCUCCAUGACACCUCCAGUGCUUUGUAAAUGUGGCAGUUACAGGUUAAAGACAUUCAGCUACACUUUGUCAGUUGCUUUGAGGAGUGAAAUGUGACCACAAGCAGGAGACAACAAACAUGAUGUCAUUAACUUUACUUUGUGGUUAACUAUGUUACACUGAGGCAGUAUUGAGGGAAACUCAGUUGGUCAUCACAUAAUAUAUAUGUGAUCCCAAAAAAUGGGUCAUAUUACCAACAACUUCAACGAGAAUUUGGGGAUUUUUCCACCUGGAGCCUAUUUUAAAAUCAGUCCACUAUUAAGGGAAAUAGCUGCAUAGCGCUCUGGUGGAAACAAGCUAUAAUAUAAAUAUAUAUAUAAUAACUCCGGCCCAUCCCAUUACAUCAUAGCUUGUUGAACUCUCCCCCAAAACAUAACAGAUAAACAGUAUUUACUGAUGAACCAUCAGGCCAAAAUGUUUGUUGUGUUACAAGCUGUAGCUCUAAGGACUAUUUCACUGGCUCAUCAACUAGUGAUAUUUCCAUUCUACUACUUUGUAAACAAGUCCUUUAUGUCACAUCAACAGAGGCAGCACUCAGCCUGAUGACGCCUGUGUCAAAUGAGACACACACUCCCAUGAGUGCCUUGUGUGCCUCUUGCAUAAAUGCACUUAAACACUACUAUGGGUGGAGUCUGAGGAUCAUUAAAUGCACUUUAAGGUACUCUGCUUUAAUUCCUGUUUUUAUUAUAUUAUUAUUUAUGUAUUUAUUUGAAAAAGAGGAGGUUCAUUACUGAAUUAGUGAUCUAUUGGUUCAGAUGUCUGAUUUUACAGUAUCUGUGGUCUUGGCCAAAAUCUGAUGCAACCAAGUCGUUUGUUUAGUGAUAAAAGCAACUCUGAUAUGGUUUAAAGUCAAAGCCUCAAACAUAUAAAUUCCUAGUGUUCAAUAGAAAAAAGUGAAACAGAAAAAAUCAAUCAUAUGAGUGAAUGCUGAAAUAUAUGGAAUUGAAACAACAUUUUCUGGAGUAACUGGAGAAAUUAUUAAAACACAACUCAUUGUGAA